AUGUACCUAAUGGGGCUGCUGCUGCUGCUGCUGCCAUUGCUGUUGUCACCUCUAUCUCUCCAACAACAGGACCUCUCAGAGAGCAAGGUGGCCAUGGGGAGGAUGAUCCUUCCUCCCCUGGAGAAAGCCACCUCAUUCCUGGAGAAGAGAUUCAGGGAGCUUAACCUGGAUGGAGUGCUGGGAUUCCUGGUACUGGAAGUGCAACUAAAUGGUGUCUUGGAGAAAUGGGGCCAGGAGCCUGCUCUGAAGCCCCUGAGCCUGAGGGUGGAGAAGAUAGUGAAGAAGUUGUCACCACUCAUCACCAGAGCCACAGUCUACCUCAAGCUCAGUGACUCUAAGUACUUAAAAGAAUUUGAAGAGACUCUACAGCCAGGAUUUUGGAAUCUCCCUCAUUCAUGGAGUCACACAAACAGCUCCAUGAUCUACUCCAAUUUUGACGACUCAGAUAUUUUUUCAGAAGAAUUAAGUGAUUCAUGCAUGACGCUCUUACUAGGAACCAAGAAGGAGGGCUUGCAGCCUUGCACUGUUACAGACCUCUGCAGGGAACUCAUGACUAAACCUGGCUCCGUUGGCUAUGCACUGUCACACCAGCUCCUCUAUUUCCUGCUUGCCAAAAUGAAAGGAUGCUCAGAUGGCCUGUUCCUCCAGUCCAAAUACUACAUGGAUAUUUCGUGUGCUAACAUGAUGGCAUUGAACUUGGAAACUGAAAAAUUUGGAUUCCCAUUCCAGAAUCACGAUCUCUUCAUGGAAAAUAUCAUGUUCUGUGGACUUUCUGGAUACUCAGAUUUCUACAAGCCUAGAUGGCUACAGGCUAUUCUUACCUGGCAGCAACCUAAGGAGGGAUGCUUUGGGGAGCCUUAUGACAACAGAAAACAAUUACCCAGAGCUGGCAAAGACCAACAACAAUCAUUAAGAAGAGUUAAGAGGAGAGACAAAGGAUUUUCAGAUGGGUGUUCUUCCCACAAUACAGCUGUGGCAGUUGCAUCCUUGGGUGGCUUCCUUUAUCACUCUGCAGAACAUUCACCAACCAUCACCAAGCUUCAUUAA